AUGCUGCCUUUAGACCGCGCAUUUCCCACUCCUGAUACGGAUGUUCUUAGACAUCCCUGUUUUGCUGAGGUAUAUCCUCCUUCCGAGGACUCAUUCCUCUUCCUUGACGCUUUAGAGGCGGAUAAAGAUUUUAUCAAGAGGCGAUUAAGGCCAGUUUUGUCGAUUGAAGUUGGCUCUGGUUCUGGUAUAAUAUCAACUUUCCUCUCAAGCAUAGUUGAUUGCCCAUGUUCGUUCAUAUGCAUUGAUAUAUCAAAUCAGGUUAGAAGGUUCUCAUGCUAUAUUUUUCAGGCUUGUGUAGCGACGAAGCAAGUGUUUCGUGGAAGCACGUCGUGUUAUCCUCUCGACGCUAUAUGUUGUGAUCUACUUUCCUCCAUUCGAACAUCAUCUCAAGGGUUUGCUGAUAUAGUACUUUUUAAUCCUCCAUACGUGCCUACGGAAGGUGAUGAGUUAUUGGGUUCAAAGUCAACUAUAUCAGCUGCAUGGGCGGGCGGAUUUAGAGGCAGGCAGGUUACGGAGAGGUUCAUUCAACAGGUCACGCCGAUUCUAGCCAGAUCUGGUGUACUUUACAUCCUCCUUCUUCUACAAAACGAACCUGAAUUGGUAUCAAAACUAAUUUGCGAUGCAUCUAACGGUCGCCUCUCAAGGUCGGUGUGUAUACUUCAACGGCGAUGUUGGAACGAACAACUUUUUGUGUAUCGAUAUUACGAUCCUCUGUUCUAUCUCGAUUCUGAUGAAUAA